CUUCUCAACGCUGAUCAUGGAGUUGACACCAUUUGUUGACACUCGUGCUCUUUACCCUCCACACCUCUUGUAGUAAAUAAUAACACAACAUAACCCUAUGUCAAAGUUCUUCGCGGAGAAAAUCUACUCCGAUUUUCCAUCAGUCAAUCAGUUACUACUUAAAGUCUGCAUACAGUGAACAAUUGUUAUCAAAUUACAAUGUCGUUUCAAGGGUCUCCGUUUUCAACUCCCUAUGGGCAAGAUGAUUAUGACAUCGACGAGGAUAAUGAUGAAUACCUGGAAGAGGAUCGUGAUUUGGAGGAUCAAGAUGAGAGCGACGAAGAUACGGAAGAAGCCAGCGAACCUGAUAUGGGAAAAUCAGAAGAAUACACCGAAAUAAAAGAGCAAAUGUAUCAAGACAAAUUGGCCAGCCUAAAAAAACAGCUUCAACAAUUGAAAGAUGGAACACAUCCAGAAUACAAUCGUAAGCUCAAACGUCUGGAGGUACAAUAUAAAGAAAGGUUACGAAUCAAUGGUAUUUACCGCGACUACCUCACAGAAUGGGUAGAAAGAGAUUAUAUUCUUGAGAAAAAAGCAGCGGCAAAAGAAUUUGAAGAGAAAAAAAUCGAUCUCAAAGAAAACCUACUCACAGAUAUGGAGGAGAAACGUAAAAUGAUCGAAUCAGAUCGUCACACAAUGGAACUGACUGGUGAUUCUAUGGAGGUGAAACCCCCUAUGACCAGAAAAUUACGCCGGCGACCGAAUGACCCAGUACCUGAAAAAGUAGAAAAACGACGGAAGCCACCACCAGCUCAAUUAAAUUACUUACUUGAUGAAAAAGAAAUUGAGAAUGAUUUGAAAGCAAUUAGCCGUGGUAAAAUAGUGACUACUGUACGGAAACCAGCCGUUUUGGCCACUUUCAAUGUUGUCAAUGUUCCAAAUCAGCAUGUUGCUCCUUCCCCCGAUGCUCCUUUGGUAGAAACAAGGAUAGAAGAUGGAAAACUGUUGUACGAAAGAAGAUGGUUCCAUCGUGGUCAGCCUGUUUAUGUCGAGGGCAAGGACUUACCUAGAUUUGCUGGCAACAUAUCAGCCAUAGGAACUGAAGUAAUUUGGGUUAAGAAAGUCUCUGACAAUACCAAAGUCAGGAUAUACAUAUACCAACUUAGUCGUGGAAAGAUUUCCAUCAAACGCCGAGCAUCGUAAUGAACAAUAACAAAUGUUGGUGUUUGCGCCACCAAUGGAACCAAAGUUGUUGAUGGUAUUGCAUACUUAUAUAGAUAUACUUUGAAAAUAAGCAAGGGUGUAUCAGCAGCGAUAUUAUUACCUACAACUAAUCGGAGGGAUGCAUCACAGAUGAAAAGUUAUAGUAUUUGUUCACAUAACCGUUUUUCCAGGAUUGCUUUCCUAUACUGGAACAAUGUGGAUUUAUUAUUAACUACUAUAAAUAAUAUUGCUAUUGUUAAUCCGAAUAAACUAUAUGCGACCAAGA